CAAGGAACAGUCAAAUUACUUGUUGCAAUAAAUAUAAAUGGAAGAAUAAUUUAUUUUUAAAAAAUAUAAAAAAUCUGUAUUUUCAAAUACUUUAUUGAUCUAUCGAACGAUCGUGGCAACAAAUCACACUCGAACAAUCGAUUCAACCAAUCAACAUCACUUAUCUGAAUUCACGUGCUAGAAAAUAAGGUUAUGUCACGCGUGACGAAGGUAACAAAUACAUACUGGGUUAUUGUUUUGAAAUUUAUUACAGUGAAUUUUAAUCAUUAAAUGUUUAUAACUGUUUUACGAUUGUUAAUGAUAAUAUACCCGAAUAAACGGUAAAGUAGUUUGCUAAAUUUAUUUGAUAAAAGACUAUAAUUACGUCUAUAUUACAAUUUUUAAAAACUGUAAAGGCUUUCAACAUUUUUGAAUCAUGACUCGAUAUGCAAGAGCUAAAGGUUCGAAAGCUUCAAAUGAGAGAAUACCCAAUGAAGCUACACCAUGGCAUGUAAUGAAACAACAAUUAAUUGAAAAUUUAUCAAAAAAACAAGAAUCUAUUGGGGAAACAAAAACUGUAAAAGAAUUGCUGGGUGACACACAAAAUACAACUACUACCAAUAAUGUUGAGAAUGCUAAUAGUUCAUGGGCAGAAUUUCCAAACAAUUCUGAAAUAGAACAUAAUGAAAUGAUGCAUAAAGUACAGAAAAAGCAAAAGACUAUUAACAAAGAUAAUCCUGCAGCAGAAAUAAAAAGUAAGGAACACCAAGAAGAUGCAUAUCAAUAUAAUACAAGUAACGAUAAGAAAAGAAAAAAAGAUAAAUGCAAUAGAUUAGAAAUUAAGGAAAAUAAUAUUGAUGCAGUAAUCAAUAUGAAUGAAUCACAAAAUGAAAACGAUAUACCUUCCAAACGCCAAAAACGCAAUAUGAAGAAAAGAAAUUUGAAUGAAAGUAUAUCCAAAACCACAGAAAAUGAUAACAAUGAUAGUAUUGAACCAAAAAAUACAAAUAAUAACAAGAGUGAAAAUAAAGAAAUUAAUAAAAACUUUCCAAUUAAAUCAGAGAACUUCAAAAAUAUUCCAAAUAAGUUUGGUAUGAAAAAGAUUAAUAAUCAGAAAAGGAAAAGGAAACCGCCUAAAAUUCGGGAUGAUAAGGAACACAAAAGAAGAAAACCAGACGUAGCCUCUUCAAAAAUAACCAUCAAUGGUGUGGAAUUAGAAAUUGUGAAAUUUGACGGGUUUCCAGUCAAAAAAGAAGAUGCAGAUAGACUAAGUGAUUUAAAACAGAAAAUGAUCAUGAAAGGUAUUCCACAAAAAGAAAUAAAUGCAGCAAUGAAGCUGGAAAGAAGAAAAGCUGAAAAAGCGCUAGCUAGAAUUAGAAAAUGUGUAUGUUUUCAUUGUCGUAAAUCUGGACAUAAUUUAUCUGAUUGUCCUGAACUUGGAUCAGAACAAGCAGGAACUGGAAUUUGUUUUAAAUGUGGAUCAACAGAACAUACUCAUUUCGAAUGUAAAGUAGCUAAGCCAAUGGAAUUCAGAUAUGCAACUUGUUUCAUUUGUCGCGAACAAGGACACAUUGCUAAACAAUGUCCCGAUAAUCCUAAAGGAAUUUAUCCUCAAGGAGGAGCUUGUAAAAUUUGUGGAGAUGUUACACAUUUGAAGAAGGACUGUCCGGAUUUGAUUAAAGAAAAGGAAGAAAAUACCAUUACAGUAAAUACAAUUGCAAAUGGUAAUUUAGAAUCCCUAGGAGGGGACGUAAAUAGCAUAGACGAAAAAGAUAAUAAAAAGACUAAAAAAAUAGUGAAAUUUUAAUAAGCACUUAAAAUAA